UGGCUCUUUUGAUAGUAAAGGUUGCUGACCCCUGGCCUAAACAGACUGGUAAUCUAUAUUUCAUAAAAAAAAAAAAAAAAAACUUCUAGCUACUACAUCAUCACUACAAUAAAACCAUCCAAUACGAGGUGAUGCCAUAAAUGAAAAUAAAGUGCAAUGAAGUCACUAUAAUGAGUGAGUCACACACACACACACACACACACACACACACACACACAGUAGCCUGCUGUAUAUUAAAAACAGAGGAGCAUGAUUACAAAGGGAGGAGGAGUGAGGCAGUGUUUGUCUAGAGAUCAACGCAUGGCUGCUACAGUAGUCAGCUGUUAGAGAGAGAGAGAGAGAGAGAGAGAGAAGCAAAGGGAGGAGCUGAGGGUCUGGUUCUGCUGGAUGACUCACUCUCUCUGCCAACCCAAAGGCAUCCUCCAUUCACUCAGUUGAUUCUCCACUGGAGGGCGAGUGGUACAAGAAGCACCGGGACACUCCGGCAGCAGCGGGGACACGGAGACGGAGACGGAGAGCAAGACAGACGGAGGAAGAGAGACGGGAUAGAGAAGGAGCAGCAGCUGGAAGACAACACAGAAGAGACACAGACAGACAGAGAGAGGAAAAUCCCAACCAGGACUCUGCAAACCAUCGGAUUAAACCCGUCCCUGUCUCCAACACCGACAUCACGCCAAGACAUGAGCUUCUCCCGCUGAAAGUUAUUGAUGCUGAACUGAGUGGUCCAGUGCUGUCCUCCAGUGUUUCCCCUCCCCUCAAUUUUUCUGUCCCUCUGUCCGUCACCCGGUUUGUGAGCAGCCAUGACGAAGUCCUACGAGUUCAACUGGCAGAAGCACCUGCCCGAGUUCAUGCAGGAAGGCGCCUCCUUCGACAGGUUUGAUGAGGACCCGUACAUCUUUGAGCCAAACUGUCAGAUGACGGUGGACGAGUAUGGCUUUUUCAUCUGCUGGAAGAGUGAGGGAAAGGAAGGCCAGGUUCUCGAGUGUUCCCUCAUCAACAGUAUUCGUGUCGGUGCCGUCCCGAAGGAACCCAAGAUCUUGGCAUCAUUCGAGGCCCUUGGAAAGACGGAGGCAGACUUGGAGGGCUGCAUCAUCUGCAUCUGCAGCGGCACAGACCUGGUCAACCUUAACUUCAUGUUCAUGGUGGCGGAGAGCCCCGACACAGCCAGGAAGUGGAUCGAGGGUUUGAGGUCAGUGAUUCACAACUUCAAGGCCAACAACGUCUGUCCAAUGACCUGCCUCAAGAAACAUUGGAUGAGAAUGUGCUUCCAGACCAAUGUGAAUGGGAAGAUUCCUGUGAGAGGCAUUACUCGAACAUUUGCAUCAGGAAAGACCGAGAAGGGGAUCUUUCAGGCUCUGAAGGAUCUUGGCCUUCCCAGUGGAAAGAAUGAUGAGAUCGAACCAUCAGAUUUCACCUAUGACAUUUUCUACGCGCUCACACAGAAGAUCUGCCCUCGCACAGACAUAGAGGAACUCUUCAAAAACAUCAAUGGGAACAAAACUGAUUAUUUAACUGUAGAGCAGUUAGUCAGCUUUCUGAAUGAAAACCAGCGUGACCCUAGGUUAAAUGAGAUCCUGUUCCCGUUCUACGACCCCAAGAGAGCCAUGCAGAUCAUCGAGAAAUAUGAGCGAGAUGAUGAGCUGAAGAAGAAAGGUCAAAUGUCCAGUGAUGGGUUCUGCCGGUACCUGAUGUCAGACGAAAAUGCUCCAGUUUUCUUGGACCGGCUGGAGCUUUACCAGGAAAUGGAACAGCCGCUGGCCCACUACUUCAUCAGCUCCUCCCACAACACCUACCUGACAGGGCGACAGUUUGGAGGGAAGUCUUCAGUAGAGAUGUACCGCCAGGUCCUGCUGUCUGGGUGCAGAUGUGUGGAGCUGGACUGCUGGGAUGGGAAAGGAGAGGACCAGGAGCCCAUUAUCACUCAUGGCAAGGCCAUGUGCACAGACAUCCUGUUCAAGGAUGUUAUCCAAGCCAUCAAGGAGACAGCCUUUGUGACCUCAGACUACCCUGUUAUUUUGUCCUUCGAAAACCAUUGCAGUAAACCACAGCAGUACAAGAUGGCCAAGUAUUGUGAGGAGACCUUCGGUGAGUUCCUCCUCAAACAGCCUCUGGAAAACUACCCGAUUGAAUCUGGGCGUCCCUUACCCUCUCCAAAUGAUCUCAAACGUAAAAUCCUCAUCAAAAACAAACGCUUGAAACCUGAAGUUGAACAGAAACAACUAGAGGCCUUUAAAAAACACAUGGAGGCAGGAGAGACCAACACCCCUGCCAUCAUUAUGGGAGAGGAGAUUGAAGAGGAAAUAGAGAACGGAGAAAAGGAGGUGGAGGAUAAGGUUUUGAAUUCAGAAACCCCCAGCAUUCUGUCAGAGGCAUCCACUGAGAAAGAGACCAAUAGUGUUUCCCAGAGUAACGCUGUCAGCUCGACGAAAGUGGAAGAACGCAGCAACAGUAUCAAGAAGGUGCCUGACGAUGAUGUGACAGAGGUGUCUGAAGUCACGGAAGCAACAGACGCCACAGAUAUCUCAGAAGCAUCUGACCAAGACAAUAACAAGAAGGCUGGGGAAGAGCCAGAGGACUCUGAAGAGGCUCUGAUAGCUCAGUACACCUAUGUAGGAGCCACCACUAACAUCCACCCAUGGCUCUCAGCCAUGGUCAACUACGCACAGCCCGUCAAGUUCCAGAGUUUCGAUGUGGCAGAGGAAAGGAACAUCCACCAUAACAUGUCAUCUUUUAACGAGUCUGUCGGUCUAGGCUAUCUGAAGACCAAUGCCAUAGAGUUCGUCAACUACAACAAGCGUCAGAUGAGCCGUAUCUACCCCAAAGGAGGCCGGGUGGACUCCAGUAAUUACAUGCCUCAGAUCUUCUGGAACGCAGGCUGCCAGAUGGUCUCACUCAACUUCCAGACCCCAGAUCUGGCCAUGCAGUUGAACCAGGGAAAGUAUGAGUACAACGGCUCCUGCGGAUACCUGCUGAAGCCUGACUUCAUGCGGCGGUCAGACAGGAUGUUUGACCCUUUUUCAGAGACGCCGGUGGAUGGAGUCAUCGCUGCAACCUGCAGCGUACAGGUGUUCUCUGGACAGUUCCUGUCAGACAAGAAAAUCGGCACGUAUGUUGAGGUCGACAUGUACGGGCUGCCGACGGACACCAUCCGGAAAGAGUUCCGCACGCGUAUGGUGAUGAACAACGGACUGAACCCAGCCUACAACGAAGAGCCCUUCGUCUUCAGAAAGGUGAUCUUACCAGAUCUGGCAGUACUGCGCAUCGCCGUCUACGACGACAACAACAAGCUGAUUGGCCAGCGCAUCCUGCCUCUGGACGGCCUGCAGGCUGGCUACCGUCACAUCUCGCUGAGGAACGAGGGCAACAAGCCCCUGUCGUUGCCCACCAUCUUCUGCCAAAUCAUCCUCAAGACCUACGUGCCCGACGGCUUCGGAGCCAUUGUGGAUGCCCUAUCGGACCCAAAGAAGUUCUUGACCAUAGCAGAAAAAAGAGCAGACCAGAUGAAGGCAUUGGGGAUUGACACGAACGACAUAGCAGACGUUCCCAGUGGAAGCUCAAAGAACGACAAGAAGGGAAAGGGUAAAGGAGACACUGUGAAGGCCAAUGUGACACCGCAGGCCAGCUCAGACAUGGCCCAGACCUCCAACUCCGCCCAAAAUAACAGCGCAGAAACCAAGAAGGAUACUGUACUCUUGCCUAAUGUCAGCAUUGAAGACUUAAAACUAAUGAAGACGUACCUUAAAUUGCUUAAAAAGCAACAGAAGGAGCUCAACACUUUAAAGAAGAAACAGUCGAAGGAUCAAAAUACAAUGCAGAAAGCCCACUGCACCCAGGUGGACAAGCUGGUGUCUCAGCAUGAUAAGGAGAAGAUGACCCUGGAGAAACUACUAGAGAAAGCCAUCAAGAAAAGAGGGGAAAACAACUGCCAAGAGCUGAAGAAGGAGACAGAGGAUAAGAUCCAAACACAAAUCGCUGAUCACAAAGUUAAGGUAAAGGACAUCACGGCACAGCACACUAAAGAGUGGUCAGAGUUGAUCAGUAGUCAUAGCAGCGAGGAGCAGGAGAUGAAGGACAGCCACGUCACACAGCAGUGCGAACACCUCAAGAAACUCCUGACCACUGUCCAGGAGCAGCAGACCAUGCAGCUCAAACUCAUCCAUGAACGGUCGAGCAAAGAGAUGCGUGCCAACCAGGCCAAGAUGUCUAUGGAAAACAGUAAAGCCAUCAGCCAGGACAAGUCCAUCAAAAACAAAGCAGAGAGAGAGAGGAGAGUGCGAGAGUUAAACAGCAGCAACACCAAGAAGUUCCUAGAUGAGAGGAAAAGGCUGGCCAUGAAGCAUCAGAAGGAGAUGGAGCAGCUACAGAAAAACCAGAGAGAACAGUUGGACAAACUGGAGAAGUUCAAUGAGCAGCUUUUGAAAUCACACCAUGCAAACAAACAGGUUCAAGGCCAAGGACAUGCAGCAGAUGGUGAAGUUGGAGGAGGAGAUGGACCGCAGACCUGCCACGGUGGUGUGAGCGACUGAGACCGAGACACAAGCACACACACACAAGUACGCUCAUACACACACACAUGCAGGUGCAGAAACACUCCACCGCGAUAGCCCUCUACAACCUAGAGACAUUAACCCUGCCUACAUCACCGUCUCUGUACUUUUCUGUCAUGUUCACACACAAACACACAGUAGCCCCCCCCCACCACUCAGUUUCUGCACCCUUAACCCCACCCACUAACUUUAUACCACUGAGCCACUGGUGCUUAUCACUGUUUGACAGGGGGUUUAACCACUUUUCGAGAGAGGAAAUGUUACCUCGGAGACAAAGCAACACAGAAUCAAACGUAUCCCCUUCUCCACUGUACGUAGAUCUAAAUUUUGUAUCACCUUCAAUGUUCUCUGCAUCCUAUGGGCAACACAAGCUGCAGCUAUUGGUGGACACACACACACACACAACACACGCACAAACACAUUCACUCACGGGAGGUGGAUAUCCAUUCCCUUUUUGACUUUUUGUUAAUUUCUCUCUUUAAAAAAUGGGUACCCGAUUAAACCGCUCCAGAAACAGCGUGGAAGAGGGGAGAAGAAUAUGUAUAAGAUUUAAUGUCAUUUCAGCACAAACGAAUAAACUUUGUGAAAUACACUGUAUGCUACACACCAGUCCUGUCCUGAGCACUUUGUAUGUGAUAGGCCAUCAUAACAAUAUGGAAAUGUAGCAGUGCACUACUGUAGGUUCUGUAAUUUCAGUAAGAAUGUAUUUAAAAAAAAAAAGAAAACACUGUAUGAAGGAGUGGCAAACCCCCUGUGUCACCUAUACCAACAAUGCAAGUUGUGUGACUUCACAAAGAUGUAUAACUUGACUUUUUUUGUGUUCAACAAUGUUACAGCCGACUGUAAAAAGGCUUAUUAUCUUGCUGAGUCAGAAGACUAUAAAGGGAUCACAAUGAAUAGAUGUUCACUUUGAUGAUGUACGAUUUCCCGGUCAAAUUUUUGUUUUAAUUUCUAGGAAAUACCCAAGAGAUUGUGUAACUGCUGUGCUAAACCUUUACUUGAAAACAACGUGAUAGUCAUUUUUUUUACAAUUGUGCUCAAUCGUUACAAGUUUACACCUGCAAAACUCAUUUUAUACUCCUAAUUUGGGGUUCAAAAUCAUGUAUACUAUGCAAAAAACAAACAAACACAUGAUUCCCUCAAAGCUUAAGGUGUACAAAAUACAGAAAAUAAAUCAGGACGGUGACCAAAAUAAGUAAAUGUGGUUGCCUUUUUAGCCUUUAAUGUGGUGAUAAAAUUGUUGAUCGCUACAAAACCAAGGCAGCAAUAUGAGUCGUUACAACACCUAACUGAAAAUACGAUGAUAUAAUAAAAGGGGACAUCUACCAGUAAGUGAAAGGUUAAGAUGGAUUAAAUGGGACUUUGCAUUAAGGAGUUUUGCAGUUGAAAUUCUAGUGAAAUUGUGCCAAAUCUGUAAUACACUGGUAACACAGUGAAUCCAUUCUUGGCAGCACAUUAAUACAUUGUGUUAAUUGACCAGACCAUCACCAUCGGAAAAAGAACUUUGGCAGACAGAAGUCAAAGCCAGCCCGUCUAGUCAGUAUCCCACUCAUUAAAGGCGUUGUUGAAGUGAAGUGCUCCCUUAAUAGCUUCUUGACUGCACGUUAGCAACCUCAGCUUGUAAUCCUCAUCGUUUCCCUGCUCGCCUUCAGUCAGGGGAUAUCAGACUGAAUAAUUAUGACUAAUUUGUAACAAAGCCUGUGACAUGGUUGCCGCACACUUUCCACACCAGGGAUUUCAGACAAGGCCUGUACCCCUCUGUGUCCCAAACAGGUUCCCUCUCACAGGUUCCGUCUCACAGGUUCCCUCUCACAGGUUCCCUCUUAUGGGACUACAAAUGGCUUGAGGAAGCAUUAUUAUCCACAGCCCUAUAGUAACAAAAUGCCACUGACGAGAAAGAAAUGUGACGUGAAGUACUAUUACUGUAUGAAGUAAUCCUGUGGGUACUGUAGUAUUUGUGCACAUAUGAUCAUGCCAGGCGUUCACAUUGCAUGGCAUACCACUAACAAAAAUCAACCAAAAGUCAUAAUGAUGAUGAUAAAAAAAACAAAAAAACAUGGGGAUAAAAGCACCCCGAGGAAUUUUGGCCUUGUUAAUUUUUUUCUGUAUUAUUCUGCUGUAACACACGUAAAGGGUAGACGGGAUUUUCUUGUAUAUACUGGAAUGUAUGUAGUUUAAUUUACUUUUUGACCAAUUGUGUUCUGUCAUACAAGGGCUCAGGGGAUAGAGUGGAUCUGUUGGAUGUUGGGGAAAGACAUUUAUCAACCACUGGGUUUUCUUGUUUGUUCUUUUUAUCUCCGUUUUCCCAGUCUACCCUUACUGCACCACACAACACAGUAUAAAGCUCUCACCACAUAUCUAGUGCAGAGAUAAACGAGUAAAAAGUGCUUUUAAUUCCAUCGCUUUCAAAUGUGCCACUCAAUGUCUGUUAGGAUGGUAAAAUUAUUUUAUGAAUGAUAAAAUGCCAAAAUAAGGGGUUAUUUAUAUGAAGAUAUAUAUAAAUAAAUGAAUAUAUAUAUAUAUUAUAUAUAUUAGAUAUGUGUAGUUUAAGAUUAUUAUGUUUGUUAGAGGCUUUUUUGCACUAGUUGAAUGUUUCUGUUGUGUGAUUACAUGUAACCUUUGGCUCUCUAGUUUGUCAAAAAAGCCGAUUAUUUUUGCAGAGCAAGUCACCGAUUUGAUUUCCUCAGUUUCUACUGUAUCUCCUCUUUGUUUUCUAUUUGAACUGUAGCUUGUCAACAAACCAUUCUGUGCGUGUUUUUGUAUUUAUAUUGUAUUGUUGAACUUAAAGCAAUGAAAAUACUGUUGUUAUCCAGCUCCUUUAAUACUGUUUUAUAGUAUGUGUACCAAUAAAUCCAGGUGUAAAAUGGGACAUAA